AGCUGCCGGUUCUCUACGCUCCAGUUUUCUAUCCGUCUUCUCCUCUUCCUCCUCCUCAUCCCUCUCUUCGUCCUGGCCAUGAUUCGCAACGCGAUCUCUGCAGCGGCGCGCCCGGCUUUCUCUCAGGCUCGUACGGCCACCACACUUUCAGCCGGCUUCCCCAAAGUCACUGAGAGACUCCCCACUAAGUACGGUGGCGUGUACACUGUUACCCUCAUCCCCGGUGACGGUAUUGGUAACGAAAUUACCGACUCUGUCAAGGAGAUCUUCGAGGCAGCAAAUGCUCCCAUUGAGUGGGACCAGUACAAUGUCUCUGGAAUGUCUUCGCAGGGUGAGGACCUCUUCAAGCAGGCUAUGGAGAGUUUGAAGCGUAACAAGGUCGGCCUCAAGGGCAUUCUCUUCACUCCAAUUUCCCAGUCCGGCCACAUCUCGUGGAACGUCGCCAUGCGUCAACAACUCGACAUCUACGCUUCCGUAGUUCUCUGCAAGUCUCUUCCUGGAUUCCCCACUCGCCACAAGGAUGUCGACUUUGCUAUCAUUCGUGAGAACACGGAGGGAGAGUACUCCGGUUUGGAGCACCAGAGCUUCCCCGGUGUUGUUGAGAGUUUGAAGGUUUCCACCCGCGCAAAGGCCGAGCGCAUCAGUCGCUUCGCAUUUGACUUCGCCCUCAGGAAUGGCCGCCAGAAAGUCACUUGUGUUCACAAAGCCAACAUCAUGAAGCUCGGCGACGGUCUCUUCCUGAACACCUUCCGUCGUGUUGCUGAGGACUACAAGUCGUCUGGCAUUGAGUUCAACGACAUGAUUGUCGACAACACUUCCAUGCAGCUCGUGGCUAAGCCCAAGCAGUUCGACGUUAUGGUCAUGCCUAACCUUUACGGUGCUAUCGUUUCCAACAUUGGUGCUGCUCUCGUCGGUGGUCCUGGCAUCGUCCCGGGUUGCAACGUCGGUAGGGAUUACGCCCUCUUUGAGCCUGGAUGUCGUCACGUUGCGAAGGACAUCAUGGGCACCAACAAGGCCAACCCCGCUGCCAUGAUCCUCUCCGCCACCAUGAUGCUCAGGCAUCUUGGUCUUGACCACAUCGCAAACAACAUCGCUAGCGCCACUUUCGAAGUCAUCAACUCCACCAAAGUGCGCACUGCCGACAUGGGCGGUUCUGCCACGACUUCCGACUUCACCUCUGCCGUCAUCAAGAACCUUGCCUAAAAGUAGACAUUUACAUUGGUUAUAUGUGUUCUCUUUCUUGUAGCCCUACUUUGCGAUACAAUCGAGGUGUUUUCCGUCUCGACCGGACAUGCAAUCUAUACCGGGGUUUCCUUGAU